GAAAUUAACCCUAGUUCCAGAGAAGCAGAGCCGUCUGAGUUGCGGAGACACAAGAGAUCAUCCAAGAUGACAUUCAAGCGAAGGAAUGGAGGCCGCAACAAGCAUGGCCGCGGUCAUGUCAAGUUCAUCCGCUGCUCCAACUGCGGCAAAUGCUGCCCAAAGGACAAAGCUAUCAAGAGGUUUCUUGUGAGGAACAUAGUUGAGCAAGCUGCUGUUAGGGAUGUGCAAGAUGCUUGUGCAUUUGAUACGUACACUCUCCCCAAGUUGUAUGUGAAGAUGCAGUACUGCGUUUCAUGUGCAAUUCACUCAAAAGUUGUUAGGGUCCGCUCUCGCACAAAUAGGAGGAACCGUGAACCACCUCAGCGAUUCAGGCGCCCAAGAGAGGAUCUUCCAAGGCCAGGGCAAGCACCGCGUCCUGCUUGGGGAGCUCCAGUUGCUGCUCGUACUUGAAAACCCACUUGUUAUUCUGCUCUACUAAGCUUUUAAACUUGGUUUCUGUGGAGUUUCAUUAUGCUUCAGUAUAUAAAGGUUUUGACCUUGACUGUUACUUUGUUUUAUUUUAAGGUGGCAUAGUACCUUCUUAUCAUUCAAAAUUGCUCUAAAACUAAAGAGUUUUAAAUUCUAUCAAUGAAGUGUUUUCAGACUUGUGACUGCUUGAUUAUGGAGAUACACACCCUUUUAUCAUAGCAUAUAGUUCAGUGUCGAACUCGGGGAGUUCAUAGCUAGAGGGAGAUCUAGGGAACAUUACAUUAUUAUUCAUAGUUUAUAAAGUGAAAACCAUGUUUUCAUUUUUUAUCAUAAUUUGAUGCGCAACCCUUGAUUUUACUUUGCUGAAAUUUAAUGGCCUUGUAUUAUUAUAGCUGGUUGCAAUAUAUUAUUGCAGUAGGAAUGCAAAACCUUGUUGAGUUCAAAGCCAUUCUUAUAUAUGACUAUAACCUGCAAUAUCUUUAAAUUUCUUGCUUCAUGCUGUGGUUUAAUAAUUCUGUGAUGGUUGCAGUAUCCUUUUAGGUCACAUGGUACAGGAACAGGAUUAUCAUGGUCGUCCUUGCUUUGGCAGAGGAAGAAAUCUUAUGGUGGUCUUGUAAAUCACAUGUUUAUUACUUCCUAUAGGAAAUCAUCAACCGUAGAACAGUUGUCCUGGUGAUAUAUAAUCUUUAGGCCCUGCGUCAGUUAAUCUCUCUCUUGUGACGGUUCAAAUUAUCAAGUCUUAUAGGUCAUGUGCCUGAUUUAGUAGUGUUUCAAUUAUUGAGCUGUUCAUUGACUGGUACUUCCAUAAUACUUGGUAUUACGUUGAAAUUGGUCUGGUAAUUGGGAUACUGCUUUCGAAUAGGCGUGUGCAUUUUCUGGGUCCACCCCUAUUAUAGAUUUUCUUAAUCUAUAAUAAUAAAA